AUGUGUUCAUCUUACUUAUUUACAGCGUCACUUCUAGUUCUUGUAUUGAGAAGCUCUGCUCACUAUCCCGUUGCACCACUUGGCGAUUAUCAUCUACCUCUCAGCUUGGCUCCAGCUCAUGCUGUGGCUCCCGCAGUAGCUCCAGUGGUGGCACCAGCUGCUCCCGUAGUGGAGCCAGCCUCGAUAGUAGCAUCUUCCUACCCAUAUGUAGCAUUUGCACACGAUCCUGUAGCCGUGGUUCCCGCACCGAUUGCUUCACCACUGGCGGUGGCAGCUCCUAUCGCUGCUGCUCCGACAUCACUGGUGGCGCCGACAUCCGUCGUGGUACCAGGUGCCGUGCUGGCUUCAGCUCAUGCUGUGGCAGCAACUCAUGCUGUGGCUCCCGCAGUAGCUCCUGUGGUGGCACCAGCUGCUCCCGUGGUGGAGCCAGCCCCGAUAGUAGCAUCAGCUCAUGCUGUGGCACCUGCUGUAGCUCCUGUAGUGGAGCCGGCGGCGGUCGUGGAGGCGCCAGCUCCGGUGGUGGUACCAGCUCAUGCCGUGGCUCCUGCCGUAGCUCCGGCGGUGGCGCCAGCCCCAGCUUUGCCCUAUGCUUCGUAUGCCUUCCACCAUCCACGAACUGAAGUACACAAUACAGUACGCAGCUACACAAAAGAAACUGGACAACUUUCUGGAACUGCUGUAAAUUCCGGCUUCCCGACGCUUGUCGAUGGUCUAUUCCAGAAGAAACUAUUCAACACUAAGAAGUCGAAGGCAAUGGAGAAGAACAAACUUUAA